UAUCAGAAACCUCACCUCCUACACUCUCUCACUCCGUCUACUCAGCCACCCGUAUUUUUCUCUCCGCAAAACCCUCGUACGCCGUUCGCGGCGGCACAAAAUUCACCAUCUCUUCCUUCAUUUGCACAUCCUUAACAAACCCCACAAUGGCGGUGACCACGGCGGCAUCUUCAUCACCAGCGGAGUUGACAACUGAAGGACCAGUCCUCAGCCUAAUCAACAAACGCCUCCGCGCCCUCCGCAAGAAACAGAUUCGUAUACUUCAGAUGGAAGAGUCACUCUCCCAGGGAAAAACGCUAAACAAGGAGCAAGAAGAAACCCUUAAAUCCAAACCCUACGUACUUGCGGGAAUCGACGAGCUCGAAAAGCUCCGUCAGCCCCUCGCCGACGCUAUGGCUCAGGAAAUCUCUAUCGCUUGCCAGAAAAUGGAAUCCGAAGCCCCAAUCAAACAAAUCCCUGAUGAGGAAACCCCAAAGCCCGAGGUGGUGGAGCAAUCUUCGGUGGAGGAAGAGAAGUCGAAUUCAGAUAGCGUUUAUGUGAUUUCUGAUCUGAUGAAUCUGCUCUAUUUUGGGAGUGUGUUUGAUGUGAAGACCCUGAUGAGGGCUCACGAUAAUAUGCUCACGAGGACUCAUGAAAGGCAUUGUUGUUUGACUUAUGAUUAUGUUACGGAUGAUGAUGCCAUGGAUCCCCUGAAAGAGUGGGAUUUGGACCUGAUCUCGAUGCUUGGGAGUAUGUUGCUCUCGCGGCCUGUGGACUCAAGCUUGUCCCACAAGAAUGCACUUCAGAAGUGUGUCGAGCAUGCGAAGCUAUGGCUUUCCAACUCGGAUCAGCCCAUUGAGCCCAACUCCAAUGUCACUUAUGCUGGAUUGAGGGAGAAGUUGAAUAAAAUUAUGGCUUCAGACUAUUUUACAACAACACCAGAGAUGAAAGGUCCUAUUGAAGUUGCAGCAGCUGCUGGGAACUAUACAUCUUUGCAGGUACCAGUGCAUGGGUCUGUGGUGCCAGUUCAAGGGGAAGGUUCAACUGCAGUGUAUGAACAAGAGGUAGAAUCACCCAAUGCACAAGCACAUGGCAAUGAAGUUUAUGAUGAUCAAUCUGAACAUGUGGACGAACGUCAUCUGGGAGGAGGAUCAGAAGUAGAAAACUCAGCAGUACAACCUCAAAUGGAGCCUGUCACCCCAAAUACAGAAGUGGAGCAAAAUUUUAGGGAUCAUGAAUCAAAGGAUCAACAGUAUGUUCCUCGGCGGUCGUAUCAGAAUUAUAGAGGUGGACGAGGCGGGAAUGGGGGUGGCCGUAGAGGAGGAUAUCCUAACGGUCGUGGAGGUCGAGGCAGCGGUAGGGGAGGCUAUCAGAAUGGCCGCAGCCAAUUCUAUGACCAGCCGGGCAAUUAUUACCCCCGGAACAAUCAUUUCAGAGGAAGGGGUGGCCGGGGUUUUAGUGGGAAUUUUGGUUACCAUGCUGGUCAAGCUGCCCAUGUUCAAACAGAGUCAUAAAUCUUAAAUUCGUCUGGGGCAAAGUUCGGGAUGCAGCGCUGGACAGGAUUGGAUAUUAGAGUAGACAGAUUAUAACAUCGUUUUUGCUCUCUAAUACUAUCAAAUACGGUCCAGUCUCCUCCCUUGCUAAGUGAGUCGUUUACUUCUUACUGGUUUCCUUCUCUAGAUUUUCUGGUGUGUGGUUUACAACCAUUUUGUUUUUGAAUUGGGAGCUAUAAUCUUUCUUGUCUGGGUAGAAGUGAAAUAGCAAUAUCUUCUUGAAUUGCACUGUUUAUUCCUGUGUUAUUUCGUGUUUUAGCAUUUGUCUCUCUUUGGCGAUGUCAA